UACGGUUAACUCCUCAGCUGUAACUCAGAAACUUCCUUCUAGGUCUCCUGCAACAUCCCAUUCUGGACAUCCACAAUCAUGGCCAAGCUGAUUCCUAUCCACCAGAUCCUGGAUUACAUCAGUAUCAUCAUUCGAAAAUGUCAUCGAGUACUUCGAACGAAUCCUACGUGCAAUAUCAUCUACAACACAUGAAUUCGCAACCUUUGUUCUAUUCGAAUUGGUUGGGAUCGUCUUCGGAUCCGAAGAGUUCUAGUCAGAUAUUCGGACUUCAAGUCCCGAAAACUACCAGCAGACGAUCCAGAAAACCUGGCUUGGACCGCAAACCCCGCCAAGCGUACAGUGCCAAGCAACUGGACCGUCUGGAAGGGGAAUUCAAAAUCGACAAGUACCUGAGCGUGAGCAAACGCAUGGAGCUCAGCAAAGCUCUCAACCUCACCGAAGUGCAGAUCAAAACUUGGUUCCAGAACAGAAGAACCAAGUGGAAGAAGCAGUUGACGACGCGACUGAAGAUCGCCCAGCGACAAGGGCUGUUUCCACCCCACUAUUUCGCCCCUAAUGCCGUGCCGCUGUUCAACCCCUACUAUUCGCCGUUGGGGUGCGUGUUAGGAGUUGUUCCGGGAGAGGGAGCCAGUGGUUCGUCGGCUGAGUCUGUUAUCAGGAGGAACACGUGA